AUGGUAGCAUCAUUGGAACCACAAAAUAUUAAAUUGGAAGACCAAUUAUUCAAAGUCUCCUCUUCUCACUCGUCGAUGAUGAUUUCAGUGCAAUUCAUGAAUCUGUCGAUUGAAACUCUUACAAUCAGUUUUCUAAUUUUAAACUCUUCUCUUUCUCUCACUCAUUUUUUAUCCACCUCACACCACACCCAACCACCUCCUUUUAUUCGUUCUUUCUCCUUCUCCCUUUUUGCAUCUUAUCUCCAUUUUAUCUAUUCUCUCUAUCUCUUCCAAUUAUCAUCUAUAUCUUCUUCUUCAUCUUCUUCAUCUUCUUAUUUACUCAAACAAAUCUUCUUCUCGCAAAUAUUAAAUAAUUUUGAUUUUAUGUCAAACUUUGAAGGAGGUAUCAUCAGUAAUGACCAUCAUCACGCAACAUCUUUGUCUAUUUCACCAAAAAUUAUUUCAUCUGCAUCAUCUCCUUGUCAAUCAACUAUAAACAUUGCUUCAGUAUCAGCUGCUUAUCCACCUCUUAUCAGCAGUAGCAACGACUAUGACAAUAAUGACAAUGACAAUGACAAUGAACUCUAUCAACAACCAUCAUUCAAGAAAAAUAGAACACAUGAUUUAACAUUCUUGUUGCCAAUCAACAAUAACAAACAACCAACCUCAUCGUCUACGGAAUCACCAUUGUCUGCCACCACCAAUUUCAUUGUCGAUGGUGCUUCUAUUAAUAUUGUUGGAAACUUGCACGAUUCCGAUUCCAGGGAAGACGACAAUGAUGAAGAGUAUCAAAAAAUCUACGCACACAAAUCAAUUGUAUCAUUAAAGUCAGAGUUCUUUAGAUUGCUUCUCACCAAUGGAAUGAAAGAGUCAUCUCAACAAGAAAUCAUCAUCCCCAACGUACCAGUUCACAUCUUUUUCGACAUUCUCCAAUUCCUCUAUACCUCUAAUCUCGUCAUUCACGACGAUUCUCUCAACAGAAUCUUUGAGGUUUGUGACCAAUUCCUUUUACAAGAUGGAAAGGAAAAGUGUAAAGAAUAUAUCAAACAAUUGGAUAGUCAAGUUUUGGAAUCAUUCUUGUUUGAUGAAAAUUAUUUUACAUUAUGUGGAGAAUUAAACAAUUUAUAUUUUGAUCAAACGAUUAGCAAUUCAUCCUACUUUUUACAAUUGAAUAGAGUUGCUAGAUUACCAAAGGAGUUAUUAUUAAAGAUAUUGUCUAGUGAAGAUGUCCUUAUGCAAGAGGUAGAUAUUUUCAAGGCAGUGGUAGAAUGGAUCAAAAUCAACAUUGACGAUGCACACAAAAAAGACCAGAGCCUGUUGAACGAAAUGUUUGGUCUUGUCAGAUUCCCAUUGAUGGAGUAUGAAGAGUUGAUCACCAUCGUCGAGCCAUUCAACUUGGUACCACAACAUCUCCUUUUAGAAGCCUACAGACACUUGUCCAAGCCCAAGAUGUUCCCAUUGGAAGAGUGCCAAGUUAGCAACACUCGUUUGGUCUCUAGAAAGAAACUCGAUCCACCAGCCUCCCCCGGCACCGAUGUCCACAGUUUUAUCUGUGCCGAUCACUCCAAGGCCUGUUCAUCGGUCACCUGGACCAUCUCCAACUUCUCAUCAAUCAAGACCCAAAAGCAUGUCAGCAACAUAUUUGAAAUGAGAGGUCUCAAGUGGCGUAUGUGGGCAUAUCCAGCCGGUGAAGCCAAGCACUCUGACAGCUUCUCUGUCUACCUCGAGGCUGUCCGUGUCAAGGAGAAAGAAUCAUACGACUUUCUUAGAAACACCACCUUUUUCUUUGCAUUGGUCAAUCAAAAGAACAAAACCAACUCCAAGCAAUACCCAUCCUCUCCCAACGUCCUCUUCAACUAUGAAAAGAGUGUUUGGGGUAAUGGUUUAAUCGAGUUGAAGAAUCUCUAUGACUCUUCAAGUGGAUUUUUAGAUAAUGACACUGUUUGUGUUCAAUUACAUAUUUUAGAAUGUAUUGCUUUGGAAGGUUAA